UCUGAGCGCAGCCCCUCGGCGCCCACGGGCCGCCUCGCGCCGGACCCCAUGGCGUCCGAGGCGCCGUCUCCUUCGUUGUCUCCAUCGCCACCCACCUCCCCUGAGCCGGAGCUGGCCCAGCUGAGGCGGAAGGUGGAGAAGUUGGAACGCGAGCUGCGGAGCUGCAAGCGGCAGGUGCGGGAGGUGGAGAAGCUUUUGCACCACACGGAGCGGCUGUACCAGAGCGCCGAGAGCAACAACCAGGAGCUCCGCACCCAGGUAGAAGAGCUCAGUAAAAUACUCUAUUGUGGGAGAAAGGAAGAUAAUAAGAAGUCUGACGUAGAAGUACAAACAGAGAACCACCCUCCUUGGUCAAUCUCAGAUUAUUAUUAUCAGACAUACUAUAAGGAUCUUAGUCUUCCAAAUAAAGUGACAGAACUUUCAGUUCAGCAAGAUCAGGAUAUCGAAGCUUCUGCUUAUAAUUUUAAAAACCAGUCACAAAUAGAAAAUGAUGUGUAUGCUGGUACUGAUGUAACGGAAAAGGUUGAAUGUGGACAAGAGGACCGUUUUGCCUUAAAUUCACAGGAGCCAGCAUCUGCAUUAGCAACAGAGGAUGCAUCUUUAGAAGGUUCAUCAUUAGCUGAAAGUUUGAGAGCUGCAGCAGAAGCUGCUGUAUCACAGACGGGAUUUAGUUAUGAUGAGAAUACUGGACUGUACUUUGACCACAGCACUGGUUUCUAUUAUGAUUCUGAAAAUCAACUAUAUUAUGAUCCUUCCACUGGAAUUUAUUACUACUGUGAUGUGGAAAGUGGUCGAUAUCAAUUUCAUUCUCGAGUAGAUUUGCAACCUUAUCAGACUUCUGGCACAAAACAAAGUAAAGAUAAAAAGUUGAAGAAGAAAAGAAAGGAUCCAGAUUCUUCUACAGCAAAUGAGGAAAAGGAUUUGAAUUCAGAAGAUCAAAAAGCAUCCAGUGUUGAACAUAUAAACUGCAGUGAGGGAGAAGAUUGUGCAAAUGUGAAAAAGAAGGCCAAAAUAGACAUUCAUUACAAAAAUAGUUCCCAUGAAUUCACUGUUCCAGUUAUCGGAAAGACUAUAGAAUUUCCUCUUAAUGAAAACAUCUAUAAUUCAACUUCAUUUAAAGAUGAGAAAAUCAUAGAGACUGAUAGUGAGCCAGAAGAAGGUGAAAUUACAGACUCUCAGACUGAGGACAGUUAUGACGAAGACAUUACCAGUGAAGACAAUGUAACUGCAGAAGAUACUGAGGAUGAAGAUGAGGAAAAAAUUUGGCCCCCUUGUAUUAGAGUAAUUGUUAUUAGAUCACCAGUGUUGCAGACAGGAUCACUUUUUAUCAUUACAGCUGUAAACCCUGCUAAAAUUGGAAGAGAAAAAGAUAUGGAGCAUACUCUCCGAAUCCCUGAAGUUAAUGUCAGUAAGUUUCAUGCAGAAAUUUAUUUUGACCAUGACUUACAAAGUUAUGUCCUUGUGGAUCAAGGCAGUCAAAAUGGUACAGUUGUUAAUGGAAAACAGAUUCUUCAGCCUAAAACUAAAUGUGACCCUUAUGUACUUGAGCAUGGAGAUGAAGUGAAAAUUGGAGAGACUGUGUUGUCCUUUCACAUUCACAAUGGCAAUGACACCUGUGAUGGCUGCGAACCAGGACGGGUUAGAGCUCACCUUCGUCUUGAUAAGAAAGAUGAAUCUUUUGUUGGUCCAACACUAAGCAAGGAAGAGAAAGAGUUGGAAAGGAGAAAAGAGUUAAAGAAAAUACGAGUAAAAUAUGGUUUACGGAAUACAGAUUAUGAAGAUGAAAAGGCGUUGAAGAAUCCAAAAUAUAAAGAUAGAGCAGGGAAACGGAGGAAGCAGAUUGGAAGUGAAGGAACUUUCCAAAGAGAUGAUGCUCCUGCAUCUGUUCAUUCUGAAAUUACUGAUAGCAACAAAGGUCGGAAGAUGUUGGAAAAGAUGGGUUGGAAAAAAGGAGAGGGCCUGGGGAAGGACGGCGGAGGAAUGAAAACUCCGAUUCAGCUUCAGCUUCGACGAACACAUGCAGGCUUGGGGACAGGUAAACCAUCCUCAAUUGAAGAUGUUCACCUUCUCCAAAACAAGAGCAAGAAGAACUGGGAGAAAGCACGAGAGAGGUUUGCUGAAAACUUCCCAGAAACUAAGCCUCAAAAAGACGCACCAGGGACUGUUCCUUGGGUCAAAGGGACUGUAGAGUGAAGGUCAGUCCUAGAACACAAUUGAAGCUUUUUAACAGAGAAUCUGGAACUUUUCCCUCCAAAAGAGCCAGUGGCAUGAGGGAACCUGUAUCACAAUUUACCCCCUCAUGAUUCAGAAAUGUAUAAUAAAGUGUGGUUUGCAGCUUUUAAAAAACAUUUUUUAAAAACUA